AUUUCACACGUUUUACUGUCUUGUUCAGAAUCUAUGGACAACAUUUUCUCAGAAAUCGCAGAUGAUGAUAGUUCGUUUCCACUUGCUACCACCAUUGCGAACAAGUUGAAACCCAAACCCCGCUUUAAACCGAAGAAACCAGCGGCAACCAGCACCAAUUCAUCUGAUUCUACUGUACCAGUAAGUAAAAACGAAGAAGUUAACCUCAGGCAGGAUGCUGUAGUUGAGUCUAAAGAACCACUCAGUUCAGUCUCUGAGUCUAACAAAAAUUCAUCAGAGGUUGACAUAGAGGUUCCUCAUGGCGAAACUCAUGUUUCAAAGAGUGAUAAGGUAGUUUCAAAGAUGUCGAUAGCGUUUGAUGUGGAGAGUGUUCCACUCAUUCAUCCCAAUGCUUCCAUGGCAACAAUAGCAUACAAAUCUCAACCCAAACCAUGCCUUAAACCCAAGAAACCAGCAGCCACAUUCUCUAACUCAUCUGCUGCUACUUGGCCUGAUGUUAUAGUUGAGUGUAAAGAACCAUGUAUUGUUUCAGAGUCUGAGUCUAACAUCAAUUUCUCGGAUGCUGUUGUAAGGAGAGAGUCGGAGGCUGAGAAAGAGGUUCCUCAUGGCGAAACUCAUGUCUCAGAGGUGUUGAUAGAGUCUCACAUGGAGGUUGGUCCACUCUUUCAUCCUGAUGCGCCCAUGGCUGUUGCAGAGCCUGUCAGUGCUUCACACCUGUGCUCAAGCGGCUCUGUAGCAAUGGAUAUUUCGUCUGUAGUUAGUGAGGCCCAAGAAGCAGUCAACUUAUCUAGCGGAUUAUUGUCUCAUGAGGUGGCUUCUCAAGAUAUUUCUCAAGUCUCCAAGUGGGAGGGAAACUUGCAAAGUGAUCCAGCCAAACCAGAAAAAGCGGCAAUGCCAGUUCUCUUAGGCAUGGAAUUGCAUGCUGAUAUUUUCUCAGAGUCCACUGAUAUUGCUGCAGUAAAAAAAGUAAGCAAAUUUCAACCAAAGGCUGGUUCACGACAAAAAAAGCAGGCCAAGUCUGUAUCUUUUAUUCUCCCUGAUGCUGCUGAUACUGCUGCUACUCCUGUUGAACCUGAGUCUGUUUCACAACUAAACGAAGAGGAAUCCAUGUCUCUAUCCUUUUCUCCUCCUGAUUCUGAUAAGGCUCCACAUACAACAUCCAUAAUCUCUGAUAAUGUGGACUUUCAGUUGGAUCAAGGAAGUGCAAAUGAGAAGCUAGCAGACUUCUCAGACCCUGAAUCUUUUGAGAGUAUUCUCACCACAUCAGAUUUAGUAUCAGGGAAGGUUGCGCGUAAACUCCAGCCCAGGCGUGGUGCCAAGACCAAGACCAAGACUGAGAAAUCUAAUAGCUCUGAUAAUACCAAUGAUGCUAAGGAGAAUAGUUCACAUUUGGAGUCUCUUCCUAUGGACACUGAAGCAUUAGAAGAUCAUAAUCUGUCUGUCCCAACUGAGACUCUCAGAAGUUUGACUGAUGAACAAGCAGAGCCUGUUGAAAUGUCUUCCAUUGAAGCUGGAUCGCCAGAGUUUGAAGCCAUUGAUACAUUGGAUGGAGAUCCCUGGCAUGAUGAAGAACAAGCUGAAGCAGAAAAUCGGGAUGUUGAGACCUUAAACAACUCUCAGAUGGAUGAAGACCUUAAUGAUGAUGAUUAUAGGGGUGAAGAUAAGCCCAAGCAGAAAAGGCAACCGAAAAGAGUAAAGAAGCAGAUGAUUGAUGCCCAGGAACCAUCUAAAAGGCUCAAAAAGACCUUCAAAGAACCUGAUUCCACAGAAGCAGAACCACCAAAAAAGAGGUUUCCUCAUGGGACUCGACGGAAGAGAAGGCAAUUGGACAAGGCUCUAUUGGAAACACCUGACUACGAGAUUGACCGUAGGCAGAUAGCAAUUAAACAGCUGAUACUAUUAGGAGAGGCUAAUGAGAAAAAUGCGAGUAAAGAAGCCACUGCUUCGGGGAAUAAUGGAAGCAACAUUGGUUCUUUUCCAAGCGAUACUCAUUAUGACCCAGACAAUCUUUUUGAUGAGGACCUAUACCGUAACGCUAACGCUGAGGAAGAACAUCUAAAUAGACUUAGAAGCAUCCCUAAAGUGAACUAUCACUCUCAUAUGACUAAGCUACAACGAGGGAAAUGGUCAAAAUCAGAAACAGAAUUGUUCUAUGAGGCUAUUCGUCAGUUUGGAACAGAUUUUGGAAUGAUUGAAAGGCUGUUUCCUAAUAGAACACGCCAUCAAGUGAAAUUAAAAUUCAAGAGCGAAGAGCGCAGACAUCCUUCAGAACUUCGAGAUGCAAUGAGUCAUCGUUCCAAAGACCUUUCACAUUUCGAAACGGUCAUCCAGCAGCUGAAAGCUCAGGCAGAGGAGGAAUCCAGACAGGAUGAUGCAAAUGACGAACCUACAAGUAUACCACAGGAGACCGCUGAUGCAAAUAAGGAAGCAAGAGAUCAACUUGAGAAAGAAGAGCAGGAAGCGAACGAAUUUGAGGAAGUGCCCGGUGCUGGGAAAGUUGAUGACUGGAAUGGAGACGAGUGGAAUGGAGAUGAGUGGAAAGGAGAUGACACUACCGAUUUGAAUGAAUACGAAGAUAUUGAGUGGAAUAUCGGUGCUUCUCCUCAAAACGAGGAAAAGUAUUCCGAGUAUGAUGAAUACUACUGAUAUCACAAUGAUGGCUAUAUGAAAGCUUUGGGGAACGUCAAUUUUAUUGUAUUUUGAUGGAAUGCCGGCUCUCUAAACGAGGAAAAAUAUUCAGAUGUUUUGAGAACUCUGAUCUUCUUGUAUUUAUUUAUAUAUUUAAUUAAGAGCGUUCCUAAUGAAAGUUGUAGCUAGGCUUGCAAAGUUUUUGCA